UACUCCCUAUUUUCUAAAUUUUUUUAGUAUGUUUUAGAUAAAGCCGUUUCUCUGGUCUGGCUUCUCCCUCUCACCCAGGAGUCCUCUUCACUCCUUCAAAUUCAAUCGACAAUCUCCAUCUUCUCGGUCAUCUUCUCCGUCCGCCCUGUUGAAUCGCACCUUCUUCAAUCUUCUCAAACUGUCACCAAUUUCCGCAGCUUUCAUCGUUUAGCCAGUCGCUACCAUACUCAGCUAUCACUGCCGAUUCCCACAAUCCAGCUCAGCAGGAUGCCUUCCUCUCGUGAUAGUGGAUUCACAGAUUAGGGCAAUAUGGUCACAAGAAACUAUUCACCACUGCCGCUAGUAAUUGUCUCACCAUAAUGAUGUCCUCAGUGCUGGUUCAUUGGGCAGAUUGGGGUCACGGUCCUUCUCUAGCAUCCCUAAAAAAGCACUCUCAGACAUAGAAAAUGGCAACAUUCCUCAUAGUGUUAAUAAGGAUGUGAAUAUUGAGAUUCAAAGUUUACCUGCUAGCAAUGAACAACCGUCCGUAACAAAAGGGAAAUUGAAGCAACGAUCUAGAAGUAAAAAGUGUGACAAUAAACCUACUGAUGCUAAGGAUGAUGUUCCUCAACAAAAGAAGAGACGUACUGCAAAAAAGAAGCAAGCGCCUGCCAUUUCCGAGAUUAGUUCAACUGUCAAUUCAGAAGUAUCUAUUGAUAAGGUAUUGGCAAAGCAGCAACCCACAUCUUCCAAGGAGAGAAACCGCAGAACGGGAAAGUCAAAUACAGGAGCCACUGGUAUUGUGAAAUCAGAGAACACACAUAAUUCUUCUUCAACAAGUAACUUGGAACAAUAUCAAAGUUUAAACAUCAACCUUAAAACUGAGCCUCAGCCUCAGGUUCAGAAAGUGUGGCCAAUGCUAUAUCCACCCAGCAGUAAGUCCGUAUUGGUGGUUGAGUCUGCCACAAAAGCAAAAAUUAUUCAGGGAUAUCUUGGGGACAUGUUUGAAGUUCUGCCUAGUUAUGGCCAUAUCAGGGACUUGGCUGCCAGGUCAGGAUCUGUGCGACCCGAUGAUGACUUCAGCAUGGUGUGGGAGGUUCCUCCAGCUGCAUGGACUCGCCUUCUUGCUAUCAAAGGUGCAUUAAGUGGAGCCAAGAAUAUUGUUCUUGCUUCUGAUCCUGAUCGUGAAGGACAAGCUAUUGCUUGGCACAUUAAAGAGAUGUUGCAGCAACAAGAUGCUUUACAUGAUGAUAUUACGGUGGCAAGGGUUGUUUUCAAUGAAAUAACUGAAUCAUCCAUAAAAAGUGCCCUCCAGUGUCCAAGAGAGAUUGAUGUGAAUUUAGUAAAUGCUUAUCUCGCACGGCGCGCUCUUGAUUACUUGAUAGGAUUCAACAUCUCUCCAUUGUUAUGGAGGAAACAUCCUGCAUGCCAAUCGGCUGGUCGGGUUCAGUCUGCUGCUCUUGCACUAAUAUGUGAUAGGGAAAUGGAAAUUGACAAAUUUAAGCCUCAGGAAUACUGGUCAGUUCAAGUUGCCUUUUGUAAAAAGGACAACCCAGGUUCGGCUAACAACUAUUUCUCAUCACACCUGACACAUUUCGACUCUCAAAAGCUAAAUCAGCAUUCCAUUCAUUCUCACUCAGAGGCAACAGAAAUACAACAGAAGAUCGCUUCAUCUGUAUUUGAAGUUCUUAGUUCUAAGAGAUCUAAAAAGCAGAGAAACCCGCCUCCUCCAUAUAUAACUUCUACACUCCAGCAAGAAGCCUGCUAACAGGUUGGGUUUCACAUCCACAUAUACGAUGAGGCUAGCACAAAAGCUCUAUGAGGGUUUCGAGCUGUCCGAUGNUAAUUUUGCAUCCACAAAUCCUCGUACAUAUUUUAGGAAGGUUAAAAAUGCUCAAGAGGCCCAUGAAGCCGUUAGACCCACCGAUAUUUGUAGGCUUCCUUCAAUGCUGUCCGGGGUAGUAGAUGAUGAUUCCUUGAAGUUAUACACACUUAUCUGGUCCCGCGCAUUGGCAUGCCAAAUGGAACCUGCUACCAUAGAUCAGAUAGUACUUGAUAUUGGGAAAUCUGAUCAAUCUAUUAUUUUUCGUUCUACAUGCUCGAAAGUUGAGUUUCAAGGCUAUCAGGCUGUUUAUGAGGACCAAGAAACAAUUUCAAUACGUAAAGAUGAAAAUGGGGACCAAGACACUAAUUUAAUACAUAAAGAUGAAAAUGGGGAUGAUAGCCGGACUAAAAUAUUCGAGGUUCUAAGUGAUUUGAAGUCGGGGGACACAUUGUUUUGCGGCAAAACAGAAAUUAAUCAACAUCAUACUCAGCAUCCACCACGCUACUCUGAGGGCAGUUUGGUCAAGAAGAUGGAGGAACUUGGUAUUGGAAGACCUUCUUCUUAUGCAUCCACAAUCAAAGUGUUAAUGGAUUGGAAAUAUGUGACUGCAAAAAGCAGGACACUAUAUCCUGAAUUUCGGGGACGCAUGGUGUCAGCAUUUCUUUCACAUUAUUUUUCUGAAGUGGCAGAUUAUUCUUUUACCGCUGAUAUGGAGACUGAACUUGAUAAUGUGUCUGCUGGGUUGACUGAAUGGAAAGGUCUGUUGAAAGAUUACUGGUCUAGAUUUAGCAAGUACUGUGAACAUGCUGGUAACAUGCACAUCCAUCACGUGGAGAAGAUGUUGGAAAAAACAUAUGGAAACUUUUUCUUUGCAUCUAUUCCACACCAUUCUAGGACAUGCUCUAGAUGUGAGGAAGGAACUUUAUCAUUCAAAGUCAGCAGGUUUGGUGCAGGGUAUUUUAUAGGCUGCGAUCAACACCCUAAGUGCAAGUACAUUGCAAAGACAUUGUAUGGUGAGCAGGAAGAUGAAAUUGCAUCAGAUGAUAAUAAAAAUAUAGAUGAACCGAUAUUGCUGGGCGUCCAUCCGUCUUCAAAUGAAAAGGUUUUUGUUAAGAAUGGUCCGUAUGGAUGCUAUGUUCAACUCGGAGAAGACAGGGCAGGACACACCCCCAAGCGAUCAUCACUGGCCCAAGUAAAGGAUAUCACAUCCGUAACCUUGGAACACGCCCUGGAUAUGCUGCGCUAUCCUGUUACUUUGGGGAAACAUCCAGAUGAUGGACGAGACAUUAUCAUGAGAGUUUCAGUAGAAGGAUAUAAAAUCAGACAUAAGCGCACCAUUGCUUCGUUACCCAAGAGCAUGAACCCCAAGGACGUAAACAUGGAAGUGGCCAUGAAACUGUUAUCAGGAAACAAUGUGAAGAUACUUGGAAGAAGAAAGGUCAUAGAAAAGGCUGAGGUCAUCAUGUAGAACACACACACACACACACACAAAAAGUAGGAUUUUAUUUUUGUAACCCGUUAAUAGUAGGGCUUGUCCCAUUAAUUAUUGUAGGACCUCAGGCGCUACUAACUCUUCUAAAACCAAUUGGUGUUAGAAGAGUUGGUAGCGCCUGAAGUCCUACAAGUGGUAUCAGAGCCAAGGUCACGAGUUCGAUUCCCAGCGGGAGCAAUUGCUGAGGGGGAGAUUGUUGGUCAUGUGUGCAGCAAUUGUCCCAUGGCGGAGGCUAUGUGGGCCAAGUCAUAGUCGAAUGUCGUGGGCGUUUGUGUGUUGAAUGCACUAUAAGGCUAGGGUAUGCGCCUCUUCUAACACCAAUUGGUUUUAGAAGAGUUGGUAGCGCCUGAGAUCCUACAAUUAUAAAACCCCCCUUAAGUAUUUUUGACUUGUUUAUAAACACAGAGACACCCACAUAAUAACAUUGAUUAAAUUCU